CAAUGAGCUGAUUGAGCUCUCCAACAUUUGCAUUCCAUUCCAAUUCCAAUGGGUGAUAUUCUCGCUCAUCGUCUUCAGGCCAUUCUGCUGACAUUAGUCGGCGCGGUGCUGGCCUUACCAAACGAUCGUCGCUACAAUGUAGGAGAUGAAGUCCCUUUCUAUGUCAACAAAGUGGGUCCCCUCAACAAUCCCAGUGAAACUUAUGAAUACUAUGACUUGCCUUUCUGCUCUCCAGGCCAAAUGAUACACAAGAAGGAAUCCAUUAGGGAGGUUUUCAAUGGAGACCGUUUAACCAACACCUUGUAUGAGUUGAAGUUUGCAGUGAAUAAAUCCCAUGUUUUUCUGUGCCGUAAGAACCUCAGCAGUGAUGAGGUAGCUAAAUUCAGGAGUGUUGUCGCUAAUGAUUUCUACUUUCAAAAUUACUAUGAUGACCUCCCAUUUUGGGGAUUCAUUGGGAAAGUAGAGGACCGAAAUUGGACUUUUGAUGGAAAAGGACCCAACAAGUAUCUCCUCUUCAGUCAUGUUCGAUUUGAUGUUCUAUAUAAUGACAAUCAAGUCCUUGAAGCACAUGCCUUUAGUGAUCCGAAUCAUACUGUUGAUAUAACAGAUGAUAUUGAGGUUGAUGUUGAGUUCAGUUAUUCAGUGUUCUGGAAGGAGGCCCCAACUAAGCUUAAGAGCAGAAUGGUUAGAUAUUCAAAGGCUUCCCUACUUCCCCUGCUGCAGAAAGUUCAUUGGUUCUCAUUCAUAAAUUCAGUUGUUAUCACCUUUCUCCUAACAGGGUUUCUCGUCGUGGUUCUAAUGCAACGCCUGAAGAAUGACCUUAGGAAGUAAUAUUAUGUUGUGAUUCUUAGUUAUAAUAAUGCUGCCCUAAAACUGCUACUUGCUAUGGACCAGUGUGCAUGGCUGUGUUUAUAUGUAAUGUUUCCGUGCUGGAUAUAUGCCUAGAUUUUCUGGUGGAGAUGAAGAGGAAGAUAAGGAAGUGGGGUGGAAGUAUCUGCAUGGCGAUGUGUUCAGAUGUCCUCCAAACAUGCCUCUGUUCUGUGCCAUUAUAGGCACCGGUACCCAGUUGUUGGCUUUGAUUUGCUUCUUAUUUACAUUGUCGUUUCUUGGUGUUCUAUAUCCCUAUAACCAUGGAGCUCUCUCUACUUCUUUGGUCGUCAUUUAUACUCUUACUUCAGCAAUUGCAGGCUUCUCCUCUGCCUCCUUCUACAGUAAAUUUGCUGAAACUGGAUGGGAAAGAAGUGCCAUUCUCGCUGCAAUAAUCUUCCUGGUGCCGUUCCUACUUCAGGGGUUCCUUCUAAACUUAGUGGCCAUGUCAUUCAGGGCCACGUCAGCAAUUCCUUUCGCGACCAUACUGGUUAUUCUUCUUAUACAUGCCCUUGUUGCAAUCCCAUUGCUUAUACUCGGCGGUGGGGCCGGGUACCGUUUCAGGUCAGAAUUUCAUCAAGCACCUUCUUCUUCCCAGAAGAAAUCUGCAAGGGAAAUUCCCUCACUCAAGUGGCAUCAAAAGACUCCCUGUCAAAUGUUUCUGGCUGGUCUGUUGCCUUACAGCGCCAUUGCCUUUGAGUUGCACUAUUUAUAUGCUAGCAUGUGGGCCCAUAAAACAUUAACUCUCCCCGGAGUUUUAUUCGUGAUGUUCAUAAUCCUCGUCUUUCUCACUGCUGUCUUAAGUGUUGGUUUGACAUGUUUUCAGCUCACUGCUGAAGACCAUGAGUGGUGGCGGCGGUCUAUUUUCCGUGGAGGCUCGACUGCUGCAUUUAUGUUUGCCCAUAGCGUCUAUUUCUAUUAUAAAUCAAACAUGAGUGGCUUCUUGCAGACGAGUUUCUUCUUCGGCUACACGGCUUGCUUAUGUUAUGGAUUUUUCCUUGCUCUUGCAACAGUCGGCUUUCUUGCCUCCUUUGUGUUUGUUCGCCACAUGUACCGUGCAGUCAAGAGCGAAUGACCUCCUCAUAUUCUCCUCUAUCCAAGACUACAUGUAGAGAAUUGAUUAAGAAUGGGGAUAUAUAUUUGCUGCCAUUGUUAAUGUGAAGCUAAGCAUAUUGUUUGGUGUGUCUAUUUUUCACAAUUGGAAAAGAUAAGACAAUGGGCUCUCAAUUUGUUGGACAAUAUAUAUAUGUUGCAUAA